AUGGAGCUCUCACCACGCCGUAUAUUGAGCCUCGCGCUCUCGGCAUGCUUCCUCACUCCCACAACUGCUGUCGAGAGCUUCCGCAAACCUACCGUUGACUUCACUGCCGGCAACGGAAGCUAUCUCCUCGCCACCGGCUCUUCGGCCGCCAACAUCCACGUUGAUGCGGCAGAUUGGCCUGGUGUACUUCGAGCGGCGCACGAUCUCGCCAUUGACUUCGGACGGGUAACAAACAUCAACGGUACCUUGACAGCUACCGGGACGGCUACUGCGAAUGCAUCCAUGAUCUUUAAUGUCACAGGCAUCAGUAAUGACUGGAGCACGGGCACAAGCGGAAACAACACCAGCGGCACGGUCAUCAUUGUGGGCACGAUCGGCAACUCGAGCUUGAUUGAUGGUCUGGUUGCAAGUGGAAAGCUCGAUGUCAGCGGAAUUGAAGGGCAAUGGGAAGCGUAUGUUAGCGCGCUUGUGCAGAAUCCUAUCAAUGGAACCGAUCAGGCACUUGUCAUUGCUGGAAGUGACCGUCGAGGUGCGAUCUACGGUAUCUACGAUAUCUCUGAGCAGAUAGGUGUUUCUCCUUGGUACUGGUUCGCCGACGUACCUCCCAAGAGCCACGCUGAAGUCUACGCACUCGACACUACGAAAGUGCAGAAGACACCCUCCGUCAGGUAUCGCGGUUUCUUCAUCAACGACGAAGCACCUGCACUGACCGGAUGGGCGAACGUCAAGUACCCCAAGUACGGAGGCAACAGUCCUUUCGGCGCCGAGUUCUACGCUCACGUCUUUGAGCUGCUGCUCAGAUCAAGGGCCAAUUACCUCUGGCCAGCGAUGUGGAAUGGCAUGUUCAACGUCGAUGACCCACGUAACCAGCCUCUUGCAGAUGAGUACGCCAUCGUCAUGGGCACAUCGCACACUGAGCCCAUGGUACGUGCUACUGCUGAGUGGAGCAAGGUCGCGAAGGGCAGUGAGUCUGGCUGGCAGUGGGCGACCAACAAUGCUACACUGUACGACUACUUCUACGAAGGCGCACAGCGAGCUGCGCCUUACGAGAAUGUUGUUACUAUAGGAAUGAGAGGCUACCACGAUACCAGCAUGUCUCCCGACGUGCAAACAGGCGUGCUCGAGGCUGUUGUGAACGCUCAGCAAGACAUCCUGAACAAGAUCCACGGCAAUGCUUCGGAAGUGCCACAGAUGUGGUGCUUGUACAAAGAGAUUCAGGACUAUUUCGAGGCCGGUAUGAAGGUCCCUGACUACGUCACACUUCUGUGGACGGAGGACAACUUCCAGAAUAUCCGAAGACUGCCCGUCGGUGACGAGAAGAAGCGAUCAGGUGGUGCUGGUGUCUACUACCACUUUGACUACGUUGGUGACUCGCGCAACUACAAAUGGAUCGACACCAUUCAGCUGCAGAAGACAUACGAGCAGAUGCGACUGGCCAAGGACCGCGAAGCUGACAGGAUCUGGAUCGUUAAUGUCGGAGACAUCAAGCCUAGUGAAGUCGCUAUCAGCCACUGGUUCGAUAUUGCCUACGACAUUGACGCAUACGAUGAGACGUCAGUACCCCAAUGGACUGCAGAUUUCGCUGCCCGUAACUUUGGCGAGGAGCAUGCUCAGACCAUCUCAGACAUCCUAGACGAGUACGGUUUCCUUGCAAACAUGCGCAAGUUCGAGUGGGUCGAGCCUUCCUCGUACAGCAUUCUCAACUACGAGGAGGCUGAUCGCAUUCUUGCGCAGUGGCAGGCCAUUGGCAAGAAAGCGCAAGAAGUUUAUGAUACUCUUCCCGAGCAACAACAACCUGCUUUUUACGAGAUGGUCCUUCACCGCGUCCUUGCUGGCGGUAACUUCAUUGAUGUGCAAGUCUCUGGAGCUAGGAACAUUGCUUACAGCGGUAUGGGCAGGAACAGCGCCAACAAGUGGAUGCAGCGCACUAUUGAUGGCAUGAAGAAGGACCACAACCUUACACAGCGCUACCACGAGCUGUUCAAUGGAAAGUGGAACCACAUGCUGGACCAGACCCACCUGGGUUAUCAAGGGUACUGGCAACAGCCCAUGCGCCAGUCCACGCCAUACCUCCGCUGGGUACAGACUUGGGAGAGGAGUCUUGCCGGCGAUCUCGGCGUCGCUGUCGAAGGUAGCAACGCUACCAUCCCCGGUGAUGACCAGUGGCAUACAAACGGUGGCGGUUCUCUGAACCUUCCCGAUAUCACUCCUUUCACUCCCAAGCGCUGGCUGGAGAUCGCCUCCGUCGGUACACAGACUUUCAACUGGAACAUCUCAGCUGAGCCCUUUAUAAAGCUCUCCCAGUCAUCCGGCACCAUGCAACCAGAUGGCGAAGACGUCCGCGUCUACGUCGAAGUUGACUUCUCCCAAGUCCCCGAAGGUUUCGGCAAGAAGAGCACCCUGAACAUCUCUAGCAGCACCAACUACGGCACCCAGUUCGGCAUGCCGCAAGUCAUCGUACAGGUCAACAAGACCUCCAUACCCUCCAACUUCAGCGCCGGCUUCGUCGAGUCCGCCGGCCAGCUUGCCUUCGAAGCAGAGCACUACACCCGCCUGACCCCGAAGGGCAACUUCUCCUUGACCACUCUACCCAAGUACGGUCGCACCUUCUCGGCCAUCAAGCUCAACGACCCGCUCGUCGAAGGCCUCACUUCCGCAACCGCACCAGCAAUCGAAUACGACUUCCUAACCUUCACGCCCACCACCUCCGCCAAGGGUCUGAACGUAACCCUCAUUCUAUCUCCCAGCCUGAAUAUCGACCCCAAGAAACCCCUCGCCUACAUCACACAAAUCGACAACAAGCCCGAGCAGCGCCGCCAGUACGUGAUCGACCAGCCGCAGCCCAACUUCCCUGUCGGCUGGGGCACAGCCGUCGCGCAAAAUGCGUGGUACAACACUACAAAUUUUGGGGCCGUGGCGCCGGGAAAGCAUACCCUGAAGGUGUGGCUUGUGGAGGCAAAUGUUAUACUGCAAAAGGUGGUGUUGGAUUUGGGAGGGGUGGUGUACAGCCAUAAUGGGCCCCUGGAGAGUUACAGAAUUUUGGGUGGGAACUCGACGGUGGGAUACUAAGCAACUUGAUGGAGU